UGAGAAUUCCAUCUAGAAUUUUCGACACUCUACUCCCUCACUUUCCACCAUUAUAAAUAGCCCUUCACCUCCCCCUUUCUCAUCAAAAGAAAUCAGUGAGAAUAAGCAGUGGCGAUCACAGUAUCAUCUGCAUUACUCUUCGCUCACUUUGCAAUUUCUUCAUCCAAAACCAGUAAAAAAAAUGUCUCUGAUUCCAAGCAUUUUUGGGCAAAGAAGCAAUGUCUUUGACCCCUUCUCUCUUGACAUUUGGGAUCCCUUCCAUGGCGUCCUCCCUUCGUCUUCCAUGAUCAGUCCCAAUCAUUCCACCUCUGCUCUCUUGAACACCAGGUUCGAUUGGAAAGAGACCGAUAAUGCUCAUGUUUUCAAGGCAGAUCUCCCCGGUCUGAACAAAGAAGAGGUGAAAGUGGAGUUAGAAGAUGGGAGAGUGUUGCAGAUAAGUGGAGAGAGAAAAAGGGAGAACGAAGAGAAGAACGAUAAGUGGCACAUGAUAGAGAGAAGCCAGGGGAAGUUUGUGAGGAGGUUCAGGCUCCCUGAAAAUGCAAAGAUUGAUGGAGUGAAGGCGGCCAUGGAGAAUGGGGUUCUCACUGUUACUGUGCCCAAAAUUGAAGCCCUAAAUCCUGAUGUCAAAUCCAUCGAUAUUGGAGGCUAAAUUUCUGUGUUUUUCUUAAUUUACAGAGUUUUUAAAAAUAAAUUUCAUAUGGAUAACUAGGGUGCGUUUAUAUGUAGGCGUGUGCAGAGUUUGUGUGUGUUGUAAUGGAGGUCAAUGAGUGGAUAAUGAAGGAUGAUGUAUGCUGUAUUGAUUCCCUUAUUUUAAUGGUGGAAACUUUGUAAGUAUAAAAAUCUGUGAUGAAUACCUUCCAUUUCUUUU